AUGUAUGAUGUUAAAUAUUUUUUAGUAUUUGUGAAUGGAAAGUUCAACAAAGAUCCCAAGCUUGUGAAAGCUGAAGACUUCUUCAGACAUAUAGGUUCAAACGUGACUCAAGUGUCUGUUGAUCAACUACUGGGACUAAACACGUUGGGCAUAGAUUUGGCUCACAUAGAUUUCACACCAAAGGGUUUGAACGCUCCCCACACUCACCCUCGGGGCACUGCGAUCCUUAUAGUCCUUGAGGGUACUCUCUAUGUUGGAUUUGUGACUUCCAAUCAAGAUGGAAAUCGCCUCUUCAACAAAGUGCUGAACAAGGAUGAUGUGUUUGUGUUCCCAAUUGGUCUCAUUCAUUUCCAACUCAAUGUGGGAUAUGGCAAUGCUGCCACCAUUGCUGGUCUUAGCAGUCAAAAUGUAGGAGGCAUCACUAUUUCCAAUGCUUUGUUUAAAGCUAAUCCACCUAUUUCUUCUGAGGUUCUCACCAAAGCUUUCGAGGUGGACAAGAGCAUAAUUGAUUAUCUUGAAAAGAAAUCUUGGUAUGACAACAAUAACUGA